CGCGACAUCACACGUGUGUUAGGAUUUGAAGGUGACAGUAGCAUCGCGGCUUGCUGUUAUCCAGCUGGAGAGGGUCACCGGCGCUGGGCUCGGUUGUGAAACGACACGGAGGGCGAGAAUGGAUCCUGUGAAAGCGCAGCAGCUGGCGGCGGAGCUGGAGGUGGAGAUGAUGGCGGACAUGUACAACCGAAUGACCAAUGCUUGCCACCGGAAGUGUGUCCCGCCACACUACAAGGAAGCGGAGCUCACAAAGGGCGAGGCGGUCUGUCUGGACCGCUGCGUGGCCAAAUACCUGGACCUUCACGAAAGGCUGGGACGGAAGUUGACGGAGCUCUCCGUCCAGGACGAGGAGACGAUGAGGAAAGCGGCAGUGGGUAGCGGGUAGAGCCGCGUGGGAGGAAACGGAGCGGCGCUGUCGGAGCUACCAGGAGAUUCUUUCAGUUAGAGAAAUGUGUCUUGAUGAUGGGUAACGAACAAAAAAAAAGUGUUGAAGGUUUACUGGGAUGUUCUCCUGUUCUGUUCAAAAGAAGAGGAUGACUUCUGUGAAUGUUUGCCUCCGUCCAGCGCAGCCUCAGAGGGAGUCAGCUGCUGAACACUGCCUGGAACAUAGAUGGUCCUCAGAAGUUCCUUUCAUUUUGCAGCUUCAGUGCAGCAGCUACUGAUGCCAUUCAGUGUGUUCAUGUUAGAUUAAACCAAUCGGAGUGAAUUUCUUCUGGGAUCCUCCAUCACCCUUUGAAUUCAACCGUUGGGCUUUUAUUUUGAAGGGAAACACCGGCUUUGCUUGUGGGACAUUAGAGGAUCAUUGACGUCUGUCAGUUCUUUAGAUGUCACCACAUACAACAUGCAUGUGUGGAGAUCUUGCUGUUUUUGUAAGUGUAAACAGGACUGAUGGCUCUCUACCAUCUACCUACCUAUUUAACAUUUUUAAGCAACUUUAUGUUCUGUUCUUUACAGCAAAAAAUAUGUUGGUCAUCCACACCCCUCCGGUGACAACUCCAGAGAUUCAGCCUUUUAUACUUUGUUUUCUUGCCCAUGUUAGUUGUUAACGUCUGUAAUGGUAAUGUUUCAAAAAACAAAACAAAAAAAAACUCAUUUUAGACACCUUGUCUUCACAUUAUGUUCUAAAUACUUAUGGAGCGCUUUUCUACCGACAAGGCCCAAAGCGCUUUACAGUCACACACACAUUCACACACGUGGCGGCUCCGCUGCUGAUCACUGGCGCCAACCUCCCACCAGAGGCAAGGUGGGGGUUCAGUGUCUAGCCCAAGGACACUUCGACUCAUGGGUUGACCGACCUACCGCUGCACCGCGGCCGCCCAAUGUUCUAAACCAGAGGUGUCAGAAUCCAGGCCUCGAGGGCCAGUGUCAAACAUGAUUCCAAGCAACCUGCCGUUGAAGCUCCUCAUUGGUUAAACACACCCAAUCAGCAGUUGAAAACAGAAAAAAACAAAAAUCUCUGGCAGAAUGCAGACCGAGCGCGAGGUUUAAGACUCGAGCCGGACCAAAUUAAGCUGACCAGUCUGAAUACACCUGAAGUAAAGGAAUCUUAAUUUGAAAUUCAGUUUUUAGGUAAAGUUGAAUUUAAAAUCAACUUUUUUAAGUAUCCUUAAAGUAAUAAUAAAUAGGUAUUUAAUAACCAGAUUCCAUAAUCAGGGCUAUCGUGAUAAAGCUAUCAAUAUGAAUAGUAACUUGUUUUGUCACCAUCAUUUAAAAUUGAAGAUGCAAACUUAAACAGGUUUCCUUUGUCUUCCUCUGGUUAUGAAACCAUCAUGAGAGCAGUGCCGUCCACUUCUGUUUGUGUGGCGUCAUCAGACAAGUUUAGUUUAACUAUGAAUUCUCCAAUAAAAUACUUUUCUGGGAUGGAGCAGAGUGUAAA